UAUGGCCGAGGCGGUAAGGCCCCAGCGCCGGGCCAAGGCCAAGGCCAGCCGGACAAAAAUCAAGGAAAAGAAAAAAUCUGAACCCCUUCAGAGGGAAGAAUCUGAUGAAGUCUCCCUUCCGAAAACCUCCAGAGAGCUGGAAAUUUCUGCUCCAGCUUGUGAAUUCAAAGGAGACUGUCUGAAGGUGUUAACUGAUUCUCAGCUCCAGAAUGCUGCCAGUGGACACAACGACAGUGAAAUGUUUGAUGUACCACUCACCUCCUUAACUAUAAGCAACGAAGGGUCCCUGACAUGGAACACAGAGACCUCAAAGGAAGGGGAGGAGGUCAGAGCCUGUGUUGGGGACGAUGCCGUGAAGCCGAAGGUCGACCUUGGAGACAGUGCUGGAAUCAAAGUAGAAACCCCCAAGAACUUUACAGAAGCAGAGGGAAAUACAUUGAUACAAUGUGGACCUUCUGAAAGCCCCUUGCAUCCUGAUUUUUUUCAUACUCAGCAAGAAAUGGAAAAUUUACAGGUCAGAGAAACUCCGAAAAAGAAAGAAGACAAACAAGCCUUGGGUCUUUCUCCAGAGGUGCUACAAAAUGUUGGCUUGCAGAGUUCUUGUGAAGCCAAAGACAUUUUUCAGCCACCUAGAGUGAAAAGACUGUAUCCCCAGCUGCCAGCUGAAAUUGCUGGAGAAGUACCAGCUUUGGUGGCAGUGAAACCCUUGUUCUGCAGCGAGCGACUGUACCCCGAGCUCCCAUCUCAACCAGAACUGGUACCAUUUACUAAAGAACAGCUAAAAAUCUUUGAGCCUGGUUCGUGGCUGGAAAAUGUUGAGUCGUAUUUAGAAGAGUUUGACAGCAUGGCUCAUCAGGACAGGCACGAAUUUUAUGAGUUGCUAUUGAACUACUCCCGAUGUAGGAAGCAGCUGCUGCUGGCUGAAGCUGAGCUCCUUGCUCUGACGUCUGAUUGCCAAAAUGCGAAAAGUCGACUAUGGCACUUUAAGGAGGAACAGUUGUCUGUGCAGGGUAUCUGUGCAGAUCAAGUGAAAGUUUCUGGCUAUCAUCGCUACCAAAGAGUAGAGAUGAAUGAAAAUGCACUGGGGGAGCUAAAGAAGCUAUUUGAUGCCAAAUCUGAGCACCUCCACCAGACCCUCGCUCUGCAUUCGUAUACCUCUGUGCUCUCAAAGUUGCAAGUGGAGUCUUACAUUUAUGCCUUACUCAAUAGUUCAGCUGUUCUGAGAUCUUUAGCAGUUCAAGGCCGAGCUGGUAAACAGACUGAAAGCUUUCCCUCUGAUCUGUGUCAACUAAAGGAGUGCAUUAGUGUCUUAUUCAUGUUCACCAGGAGGGUUAAUGAAGAUACUCAGUUCCAUGACGAUAUUCUUCUCUGGCUGCAGAGAUUGGUAUCAGUGUUACAAAGAGUUGGCUGUCCUGGAGAUCACUUCUUCCUUUUAAACCAUAUUCUUCGAUGCCCGGCAGGUGUUAGUAAAUGGGCUGUUCCUUUCAUCCAGAUCAAAGUGUUGAAUAACCCGUCAGGGGUCUUUCAUUUUAUGCAGUCCCUUGCUCUGCUAAUGUCGCCUGUCAAAAAUCGAGCAGAGUUCCUAUGCCACAUGAAGCCCAGUGAGCCAAAGCCAUCCUCCUCGGGGCCUGCGUCUGGGACCUGGACACUAGUAGAUGAGGGAGGAGAAGAGGAUGAAGACCCUGAGACCAGUUGGCUGCUUCUUAAUGAAGAUGACUUGGUUAUCCUUUUAUCACAGUUUCCAUUUCAUGAGCUCUUUCAACAUCUUCUUGGGUUUAAAGCAAAAGGUGAUUAUUUACCUGAAACAACAAGACCUCAAGAGAUGAUGAAAAUGUUUGCGUUUGUUAACUCACUAGUGGAGCUUCUGGCUGUGGGGUUAGAAACGUUCAAUAGAGCGCGCUAUAGGCAGUUUGUGAAGCGGAUUGGUUACAUGAUCAGGAUGACCCUUGGUUAUGUGAGUGACCAUUGGGCACAGUUUGUGAGUCACAACCAAGGCUUGGGUUUGGCCCAGCAGCCCUACUCUGUGGAGAAACUACAGGUUGAAUUUGAUGAGCUGUUUUUGAGAGCUGUCCUCCAUGUGCUGAAAGCCAAAAGACUUGGCAUUUGGCUGUUUAUGUCAGAGAUGCCCUUUGGGACGCUGUCCGUCCAGAUGCUCUGGAAGCUCUUCUACCUCAUGCACCAGGUGGAGAGUGGGAAUCUGGAGAAGCUCUGCAUCAGUCUCCCGCCUGCAGAGUGCAAGAGGCAGCUCCAAGACCCAGAACAUUUUGUGAACUUUGAGAAGUGUCUUUCUUCCAUGAAUAGCUCAGAAGAGAUUUGCCUUCUAACGACAUUUGCUCAGAUGGCUCAGGCCAGAAGAACCAAUGUGGAUGAAGACUUCAUAAAAAUUAUUGUUCUGGAGAUAUAUGAGGUAUCUUAUGUCACCCUGUCCACCAGAGAGACUUUUUCAAAGGUUGGUCGAGAGCUCUUAGGGGCCAUCACAGCUGUUCACCCUGAGAUAAUUUCUGUCCUUUUGGAUAGAGUUCAAGACACCAUUGACCAGGUUGGAAUGGUUUCUUUAUACUUGUUUAAAGAACUGCCUCUGUACCUCUGGCGACCUUCUGCCUCUGAGAUAGCCGUGAUUCGGGACUGGUUAUUGAAUUAUAACCUGACAAUGGUGAAGAAUAAGUUGGCCUGUGUUAUUCUAGAAGGACUAAAUUGGGGAUUUGGUGAACAGGGUACCCUUCAUCUGGAUCAAGCAGUCCAUGCUGAAGUGGCUUUAAUGAUUCUUGAAGCGUACCAGAAAUACCUUGCACAGAAGCCGUAUGCUGGGCUUCUUUCUGAAAGUAUGAAGCAGGUUUCAUAUUUGGCCAGUAUUGUUCGAUAUGGAGAGACACCUGAGACCUCAUUUAACCAGUGGGCCUGGAACUUGAUCUUGAGGUUAAAACUGCACAAAAAUGAUUAUGGAAUACAGCAGAAUUGUCCAACUGUUCCCUUCUCCAGCACUGUGCCUGACAUGACAGAGUCACCCACGUUUCAUCCUCUCUUGAAGGCUGUUAAGGCGGGCAUGCCCAUCGGCUGUUAUCUGGCCUUAGCUAUGACGGCUGUGGGCCACAGCAUUGAGAAGUUCUGUGCAGAAGGCAUCCCACUGUUGGGAAUUCUGGUCCAGUCGAGGCAUUUGCGAACAGUGGUUCAUGUCCUGGAUAAGAUCCUGCCUUUGUUCUACCCUUGCCAGUAUUACCUUCUGAAGAAUGAGCAGUUUCUGUCACACCUCCUUCUGUUCCUACACUUGGACAGUGGCGUCCCUCAGGGUGUCACACAGCAGGUCACCCACAAGGUGGCACAGCACCUGACAGGAGCCAGCCAUGGGGACAACGUGAAGCUUCUCAACAGCAUGAUCCAGGCCCACGUAUCCGUAAGCACCCAGCCCAAUGAAGUGGGCCCCGUUGCCGUGUUGGAGUUCUGGGUUCAGGCUCUAAUAAGCCAGCAUCUUUGGUACCGAGAACAACCCAUCCUUUUCCUCAUGGACCACUUGUGUAAAACAGCUUUUCAGCUGAUGCAGGAAGACUGUGUGCAGAAGUUGCUCUACCAGCAACAUAAGAAUGCUUUGGGUUACCACUGUGACCGGAGUCUGCUCUCUUCUUUGGUGAGCUGGAUCGUGGCUGGCAACAUCACUCCUUCCUUCGUGGAGGGCUUGGCCACGCCUACUCAGGUCUGGUUCGCCUGGACAGUACUAAACAUGGAAUCCAUCUUUGAAGAAGACUCCCAGCUCCGAAGGGUCGUUGAAGGGGAAUUGGUUAUAAACACUGCUUUUACCCCUGACCAAGCUCUGAAGAAAGCCCAGGCCCAGCUGAAGCUCCCCAUCGUCCCGUCCCUCCAGAGGCUGCUGAUUUAUCGCUGGGCCCACCAGGCCCUUGUCACGCCUUCUGAUCACCCUCUUCUGCCUCUCAUCUGGCAGAAAUUCUUCCUCCUGUAUCUUCACCGCCCAGGACCGCAAUAUGGGUUACCCAUAGAUGGUUGUAUUGGAAAAAGGUUUUUUCAAAGCCCUGCUCAUACCAGUUUGUUGAGAGAAAUGAAGAGGCGCCUGACUGAGGUGGCCGAUUUCCACCAUGCUGCGAGCAAGGCCCUCCGCGUUCCAGCAGAGGGCAGUGAAGGGCCGCCUGCUGGCCAGGCUGGCACCCCUGGUUACCUGACUUCCCCAGAGCUGCACACGGAGCUCGUGAGGCUCUUCAAUGUAUAUAUAUUAUGGCUAGAAGAUGAGAAUUUUCAAAAAGGAGAUACCUAUAUCCCUUCUCUACCAAAGCAUUAUGAUGUUCACAGGCUAGCAAAAGUGAUGCAGAACCAGCAGGAUCUGUGGAUGGAGUAUUUGAACAUGGAGCGCAUUCGUUAUGAGUUCCAGGAGACUGUUGGUCUGUGGACACAGGCCACACUUGAGUCCCAUUCGCCGCCCUGCAGUUUGUCAGUGCAGCUGGACUUCACUGAUCCUUUGUUGGCUAAAGAAAGGGUUUUAAGCAACUUGCGGAAGCACGAGGCUCCCCAGCCUCCCCUUGAUCUGCACCCAGUGAGGCCUCCUGUGCCAGUCAUUUCCUCGGCUGUGCUCCUGAGUCAGAAGGACACCACCCAGCUGGUGCGCACAGACCUGAAUCUGUUGCAGCAGCAGGCCAGAACUGCAGCUCUUCGAGAAUCUCAGCAGGUUGCCCUGGAUAGUGAGCUGUUGGACACAAUGCCCAAGCAGUAUGUUAAUAGAGAAGAACAGACCACACUACAUUUGGAGUGUAGAGGCAGUAGUGGUAAGAAAUGCCAAGGAGCAGCAGUUGUAACAGUUCAGUUUGAAGGUAUGCAUAAAAAUGAAGCAGUAAGCCAACAGCUUCAUGUUUUGCGAAAAGAAGUGAAGCAGUUGCAAGCAGAAGCUGCUAAACCACCCUCACUUAAUGUUGUGGAAGCUGCUGUUCACGCGGAAAACUUGAUUACGGCCCUAGUGAAUGCCUACAAGUUGCAGCCUACCCCUGGGGUUCAGAAGGUUGGCAUUAGCCUCUUCUUUACUGUUGUGGAUUAUGUCAGUGAUGAGACUCAGCGCCAUCCUCCCACAAGGCAAUUCUUUACUUCAUGCAUUGAGAUCUUGGGACAGGUGUUUAUCAGUGGCACUAAGUCAGAAUGCAGAAAAGUACUUGAGACUGUUCUGAAGAAUAGAAGGCUGUGCUCUCUCCUGUCCCCUUUCUUCACUCCCAAUGCUGCACCUGCGGAGUUCAUUCAGCUCUAUGGGAAAGUGGUGAAGUUUCUAAGUGAGGACAACAGUGAUAUGAUUUUCAUGCUGCUGACCAAGUUCGAUCUUAAGCAAUGGUUAAACGCCACUAAACCUCCUCUGUCUGAUCGUACCAGGCUUCUGGAGUCCAUUCACUUGGCACUUACUGCCUGGGGCCUUGAACCAGAUGAGGAUAUUUUGAUGCCUUUUAAUCUUUUCUGUAAGCACUGGACUUACCUUCUUCUCUACCAGUUCCCUGACCAGUACAGUGACAUUCUCAGGCUGCUGAUGCAAAGUAAGUGCAGCUAGCUGCUGAGCCCGAGGUGUUGGAGCCACCUGAGAGCCCUACAGAAAGAAAUAAACUGCCAGCAGGGGGCAGCUUCUGCCGAGAGCUCAGUGCUUCAAAGCUCUCCAGAUGUUCUCUUGUCCGAUAAGCAGGUAAUGGAGACGAUACAGUGGCUCUCAAAUUUUUUUUACAAGCUUCGCUUAUCCACAUUGGACUUUAAAAGCUUUGGUUUAUUCUCAAAAUGGAGUCCUUACAUGGCUGAUAUGAAGACACUCUUGGGCUAUCUUGUUAAAAGGCUGCUUGACUCAGAAAUGGCCUGCUUGGCUCAAGACCCAUCUGCCAGCAGCAAAGCAGUGCUGAGAUCCCUACAUUCAGUAAUCAUCCAGCUCUUUAAGCCAUGGAUCUUGGUUUUAGAGGACAAUGAAAGCAGCCAACGACAUUACCCCUGGCUGGAGAGUGAUGCUGUGGUGGCCUCGAGCAUCGUGCAGCUGUUCACUGACUGUGUUGAUUCAUUGCAUGAGAGUUUUAAAGAUAAGCUGUCGCCAGGUGAUGAUGGAGCCCUCAGGUUGCACCUGCUGCAUUACUGUGAAGCAUGCACAGCACCCAGAAUGCCCGAGUUCAUUCUGUACGCUUUCCAUAGUGCCUACCAGAAGCUCCCGUGGAGGGACCUGCACCCUGACCAGAUGCUCAUGGAGGCCUUCUUCAAAGUGGAACGAGGAAGCCCUAAGAGCUGCUUCUUAUUUUUGGGGUCUGUCCUGUGCGAAGUCAACUGGGUCAGUGUGCUAUCUGACGCCUGGAGCCCCAGUCCUCACCCAGAGACGCGGAGCAUGAUUGUCUGCCUCCUUUUCAUGAUGAUUUUAUUGGCAAAGGAAGAUCAGCUGGUAGACCAAGCAGAUUCACCUCUGCUGAAUCUCCUUGGACAAACAAGCUCACUUUCGUGGCAUCUUGUAGACGUUGUGUCAUACCAGAGUGUGCUAGGUUAUUUCAGCAGCCAUUACCAGCCAUCCGUCAUCCUGGCAAAGGAACCUUCUGCUGAAUUAAUCAUGAAGCUCCUGAGAGUGUCUGCAGGCCUUUCUGUUCCUACUGACGGCCAGAAACAUCUCGAUGCAGUUCCAAAAUGCCGAGCCUUCACUCAUCAGAUGGUUCAAUUCCUCAGCUCCCUGGAACAAAAUGGAAAAAUCACCUUAGCAGCCCUAGAAAAGGAGAUGUCUAAGCUCUUAGAUGGUAUCAUCGCCUUUAACCCACCUGACAUGGACAGCCAGACCCGCCACAUGGCGCUCAGCAGCCUCUUUAUGGAAGUCCUGAUGAUGAUGAACACUGCAACUAUUCCAACGGCAGAGUUCCUCCGGGGCAGUGUCCGCGCCUGGAUUGGGCAGAAGGUGCACGGGCUGGUGGUCCUGCCUCUCUUAACAGCAGCCUGUCAGAGCCUGGCUUCUGUCCGCCACAUGGCUGAGACGACGGAAGCCUGCAUCACUGCCUACUUCAACGAAGGCUCCCUCAGUCAGAAUUUAGGAUGGGGCCCCAUUCUGGUGUCCCUCCAAGUUCCGGAGCUCACCAUAGAAGAAUUUCUGCAGGAGUGCCUGUCCCUCGGCAGCUACCUGACUCUCUAUGUCUACUUGCUACAGUGUUUAAACAGCGAACAGACUUUAAGGAACGAAAUGAAAGUGCUUCUCACCCUGAGCAGGUGGUUGGAGCAGGUGUACCCCGGCUCCGUGCAGGAAGAGGCCAAGCUGUUUUUGUGGUGGCACCAAGUCCUGCAGCUGUCCCUGAUUCAGACGGAACAGAGUGACUCGGUCCUGAUAGAGUCUGUCGUUCGAAUUCUGCUCAUGCUUCAGAGCAGACAGAGCCAGCUGGCCGAGGAGAGGCUCAGCUCCGGAAUUCUGGGGGCAAUCGGGCUGGGCCGGAAGUCGCCCCUGUCCAACAGGUUCCGAGUGGUUGCUCGAGGCAUGGCCGCCUUCCUUUCGGUUCAGGUUCCUUCCGAGGAUCAGAUCCGUUUGAAGCCUGGCUCUGAAUUACAUCUGACCCCAAAAGCUCAGCAGGCUCUGAAUGCUCUUGAAUCCUUGACAGCAAGUAAGCAGUAUGUUGAAUACCAGGAUCAGGUAUCACAAGCUGCACAAUUUAUAAAGCAUCCUGGCCAUUGCCUCCAAGAUGGGAAAAGCUUCCUGGCUCUUCUUGUUAACUGUCUCUAUCCAGAAGUGCAUUAUUUGGACAACAUACGAUAG